AUUUUCAUCCACUGUCAUGCUGGCAUUUACAACGCUGAUACUGCAAAGGCAAUGGUUCUGUAGGGUUGUGACUUCGAAUACCCCUAAGGCGAUAAUGUUCUAACAUUUGAUUGAUCUGCGUUUGACGAAAGGAAAACCUCACCAUAGUAAAUGCAACGAAGCUGGUUCUCUGAACUUGUCAGCCAACAGCCCAGAAAAUAUAGAGCAUUAUCAACGGAUUAAUCAAAGAAACCGGAAAGUCUUCAGGAAUGUAAUUUAAUUUUCGGAGAACACGGUCUUGCGAAACCGGUGAUGUUGUUGGUUAGGAGACAACCUUUUUCGUUUCGUUUUAUAUUGUUUUCACAUACCAGAAGCUCAGGAUGAGUAAAUGAAAUCACUGUGUGCAUGUGAAUUGGUUACCAUUAAAAUGCAAGCUUUCAAGUUUCCUUAUGCACCUGCAGGGAAAGACCUAAUCCUUCAGGACAGAAAGAUCGUUAUUAUAUCUGUCUUUGGGAAGACAUCAUUUCUUGCUUCAGGCUGUAAAAGUGGAAUACUUGACAACUUAAUUGGACGUCAGAUUUUUCAAUCUUCUUUGUCUGAUCACAACAUUUUUGUCAACGAUGACCUUAUGUGUGAUAUUGAAGGAUAUUAUGACAGGAACCAGCAAGUAAUUUUUCUUCAUCUUCAAGGUGUGUUUGAUAUAUCCACUCUUGUCAAAUUUUGUGGUGAAGAAUUUCUGAAAGACGUGGAUGAAAAGGGUUUUUUGCCUGUUUGGGCGGAAAUGAAGCACAGUUAUGCUAAAGCUCUUUUAUUUCUUUUCUUAGUGUCUCAUAUUUUAAUUAUACAUCAUCCUACAUGUAUAUUUGACACCAGUUACAUUUAUCUGUUCAGAGCUCUUGAUACAAUUAGGCUAAAAGCAUUACCUGCAAUAGGAGACAUUUUGCGUGCCAUACCAGGUAUCUCCAAGGAAUGGGUGAGCAAUGGUCGCCCAUGCUCUCCACGAGUGCUUUUUGUUUUUAAUUCGUGUCCAGCAAUAUUUAGAGAAGACUUGAAGAAAAGCAACUGUGAUAAAUCAAGUGCAGUAACAAGUGCAUCUAGCAAUUCAAGUGGAUCCAGCCAUCAGAAUAAAGCACCUACUAUAAAACGAUUGGAACAUGCCUUAGAAGAUCAAAUAUAUCAUAUACUUCGUAAAAGUCGUGUUAUAACUAAUAAUAGUUCAAAUUCCCUGUUUGCCAUACCUGCAAAUUUAGAAUUUGUAUUUGUUCAAACGAAACAAAAUCCAUCCGUUGACAGAUUAACCCAAAUGGCAAAUUCAUUGAUCGAAUUUUGUAAAAGUCCAAGUUCUGAUUCAACUAAUUUAUCAAAUGCUAUGAACAGCCUUGCAUUAGAUCCAGCUGCAGAAUCAAAUGAACAUUCAUUCAAAGACUUUUUGCAAAAGCAUAUCGAUCAGGCAUUUGCCAAAGGAUUUGAUGAUAAUGUAGGAAGACAUACAACUCCUGGACAUUUUGAAGCACCAACAUCAAAUCUUUGGUAUGAAGUAGCGAAUAAUUUGUACAAAUUUUGCCUUCUGCAAGAGGAAAAAGAGGCUAAUUCUAAGAUGCUAAAUAAUCUUCACAGCCUGCUUGAUGUAGAUGUGAAGUUUAGUGAAGGACGAUGUGGAAAGGUUCUUCCUUUGGCUUUAGCAACAUACCAAGAGAGUCUUCCUCCUCAUUAUACAAGAGACUAUCAUGAAUCCAAAUUAACUCAUGCUCUGGCUGUGUUUGCUGAGCAUGCUCGUGGCCCAUUAUUUGAUCAGUUUGCCACCCAGUUAGAAAAAGAAUGUGAUCGUCAUUGGAGAAAUGGACGACAGAUGUGUGAAGUGCUGAGCUUGACUGGCAAUCCUUGCACCAACCCUCUACACAGAGGGGGAGGCGAAGGAGCAGGAGGAGGUGAACUACAAAAUGAAGACCCAGAUGAUGAUCCUGAGAUAGAAAAGGUAGAUCGUUCUCAGUUACCUGUAAUGGAACAUUCUAGUGGAGUACGUUAUAUAUCUGCUUGCAACUGUGGGCGAAAACAAGGUCCUCGAGAAGAUCCUUUCACCAUGAGGGCUGCAAAUUUUGAUUUUUACAAACUUUUAUCUGAAGAUUGUGGAUGUGCCAAAUUGGAAAAUGUUCAGUUUCCUGUGUUUCAACCAAGCACCCAAGACUACAGGGCUGCCCAGCUGUUUUCUAAGAAAGCUACAUCUCCACCAGUAACUGGGCCAAGUGACAAUUUGCCUCAGAGCACUGAAAGCAAAGAAAUUGCUGUUAGCACUCCUCAAGGGGACACACAAGGUUUCAGCUUUGGAGCUGGAUUUGUUUCCAGUCAGUCUGGAGGAAGUGAUUUAAUUCAAGAGGAAACAAAUAGACUCACACCCCAUCCUCCCCGUGAAACAAGCCCUACAGAGGGACAAAAAAUAAUAAUUGAAGUAUCGGAUUCUGAUUUGGAUGACAGCAAAGAUAAAUCUCUUGUUCGGCAGCCAUCAACAACAGAAUAUUUACCUGGCAUGUUACAUGCCGAGUCACCUGCAGGUUUACUACCUCAGUUUCCUUCUUGGUCUUUAAUCUGUUUGGGUCCAUCCAGUUUAUACUCACACAAUUUGGGACUUCAAGAUCAGCAGCAAGCAGGCUUAUUAGGAGGUUCCGCAUACUUGCUUCCAUGGGACGUGACUGUUCGUCUGGAACACCAUAGGGAUCGGGCAUGCUGGCCUGCUGUUGGAGAUAUGUUUGGCCGGAAUAAAUUAAAUAUUAAUCAACACAAUAAUGUUCUCCGUGGACGAAAAACAAAGGGAAGCAAAGAUUCAUCAGAAUUUGUGGUAAAAAUUUUCGUGGGAGUUGAAUAUGAAUGCCCUCGUGGUCAUCGCUUCAUGUGCUCUGCACCUGAUAAAGUACUGAAAACUACAGGUUCCGGACUCGUCAAAGACAAUGGAAACAAAGUUACAGGAAAUGAUAUGCCUCUUUAUUUUCCUUGUCCAUGCAGGAAUGCCAAGCCGCUAGUUGCUCAGUUAAUGCGCAUUCAUGUUGUGACACCAAAAGCUCCAAUUCAUGUGACAUUAAACCCAUGUGUUCAGCCUGCACCAGCACCUUGCCCCAUUUUUGUGACUGGAUGUGAUCAGCCACUGAAGCUGUCCCAGAGUGCAUAUUGGGUUUUGCGUUUACCAUAUGUUUAUGUCGGAGAACAUGGCCCUUACAUUGCUCCAAAAGAGCCUGUACCACUGAAUUAUGGUCGCUUGUUAGCUGGAGUAUAUGGCAUUUCUGAAAUUUCUCCAGAUGAAAAAUAGUCCUAACGGAAGUAUGAAGAAAGACAAUGUGUAGCUCGUGAUACCCUUGAAGAUGGCUCCUGAAAAUACCCUAUCAGAUGAGCUGUUUUGGGUAGUGAGUCUAUUCCGAGGUUCUGAGUGUUGCCUCGAGCAGAAGUAAAAAACUCAGAUUACGAUGCGGAAAGCCAAUGCUGACGUCCUCGGCGAGUCGUUCCUUGAGGGUUAGUGAGAUGGCCUUCGUUCAAGAUUCCUUUUGGAGAUUUUGUCUUCAAAAGCAGGAAUAUAGUAAGUAUUUCCUGGCAUAAAAAAGUCUGUCAUUCUUUGUGCAUUUGCAUCUUCCUUUAUUCUGUGAUUUUUGCGAAGAAGGCAAAGUACCAAAGAGGAACAUGCAUUGCACUGUUCCAUAAUUCCUGUGUACACUUCAGGAGUGUCAUGUUACAUGAUCUUGGUAGUGCCAUUGUCAAGGAUGAAACAAAAUAAAAUAAUGUGACCACAGUUUUGUUUAUUUAGUGAAAUGUACUUUUUUCUGUAUUAUAUAUUUCUUAAUACUAUAGUUAUACAUAAAUAUGAGUGUACUAUUUUAAUAAAUCACUUGAGAUGUCUAUGUGAAUACA